AUGCCUCCGCGAGGGCUGGAGCCAGCCGUCACCCGCCUCGCCACCGCCGACUGCUGGUGGUGGCGCCGGUGGUGGCAGCAGUCCCCGGCGGUCGUCCAUGCCCGUCCCCGCCAAUGUUGCGGCCGCCGCGGCCUCGCCCAGUCGGCAGCUCGGCCGCAGGCCCCAGCACCGCCGCCGAAGCCUCCGAAGCCCGACAAGCCCGGCGUCGGCGCGCCCAUGGAUCCCCGGAGCCAUGUCGCCGGGCCGCCGAUCGAGGCGCCGCGGAGCUACGGCAAGCGCGUCGAGGGCGGCUUCACGCCCAAGCCGCUGCCGCGCCCCAUCGGCAUGCCGCUGCCGCCCAAGGCCGGCGAGAACACGGGCAUCGACGGCCGCACACUGAGGGAGCGCCGUGACGACUUUGUCGAUUACGACAAGCACCUGCAGCGCCGCAAAGAGCUCACGGCCCAGAUAUCUCGACCCUACUUCCGCGACUGGGGCAACCUGCAGUUUCACGAGGGCAAGUCCUUCGUCGCGCCCCCGCGCCUCUUCAAGGCCGACGUCUCCCUCUUCUUCCCCAACCUCUACGGCGAACCCAUCCUCGAGUCGGACCGGGCGCCGCGCGACACAACGCCGCUCCUGGCGGGCAAGGUCUCCGUCGUCGGCAUCUUCAGCAGCCAGUGGGCCGAGCGGCAGGUUGCCUCGUUUGCCUCGCGCGAGGCCAACCCCGCGCUGCACGACACCGUUGCCCGCAACGACGACGUGGCCCAGAUGGUUCACAUCAACUACGAGGAUAAUGCGGCCAAGGCCUGGCUCGUCCGCCUGUUUCGUCGCUCCCUGCGCAAGAGGUUCCCGGAAAAGGACUGGGGCAAGUACCUCCUGGUGCGCAAGGGUAUCACUGACGACAUCCGCGAGUCCAUUGGCCUGCUCAACGCAAAGGUCGGCUACAUGUACCUCGUCGACCAACACUGCCGCAUACGCUGGGCGGGCAGUGGGCCUAGCCAUCCCGAGGAGAGGGACGGUCUCACCCGGGGUGUCACGCGGUUGGUCGACGAGGUCAGGAGAAGUACCUCUCCGGCCACGGCACGGAGAGGCUGA